GUGAGGUCACCUGUUGGGUUGAUUUUCCAGUUCUCUUGGGAAUAUGUAGCCUGAUGUAGCUCACGUGAACCAAGGAGGAUUUUUUUUUUUUAAAAAUCUGUGUGGAUGGUUAGCAGUACAUCUUAAAGUAUUUCCCUGCAAGAGAUGUCCUUCCCCCUUGUACGGAGGAAGGUUGAGGAGAGAGACCUGGAAGAAUUGCUGAAGUGGAUGCUUCUUUCUAGGUACUGAUAACAGAGGUGGCUUGCCUUGGAAAGCAGACUUCUGGUUACAGAUGGUGCAGCUUCCCAAACAUUCCUGAAAUACAAAACAAGAAGAAUAAUAUUUUAACAACAGAGUUAUUACAACUCUUUAUCCACCAGAGAGGCCUUAUUCUGCUACACUUCUUUUGCAAUCAUAUUGUGCAACAAAUAUUGGAAAAACCAGUGCAUAAGAAGAAAAAGUGUUUCUCAUAACUGUUCCUCUAAUGGGAGUACUAACUUUCAAACACAGCGUUUUUGGAAGUUUUGUUGAGUGCAGUGGAGCAUUGCAGACAGUAUUCAUUUUUCUUCUAAUUUCAUGUUGCCUGGCUGUAGAUAGAAGGGCACCCCCCCUUAUCCCAAAUGUGCCUUUGCUCUGGGUCUGGAAUGCCCCAACUGAAUUUUGCACAGGAAUGUCUAAUCAGCCGCUAGAUAUGAGCUUCUUCUCUAUAGUAGGAUCUCCCCGAAAAAAUGUCACAGGGCAAAGUAUUACACUGUAUUAUGUUGAUAGACUUGGCUACUAUCCUUACAUAAAUCCUCACACAGGUGUGAUUGAACAUGGAGGACUCCCCCAGAUGAUGAACUUACAAAACCACUUGGACAAAUCUAGGCAAGACAUCUUGUUUUACAUGCCCACAGAUAGCGUGGGCUUGGCUGUCAUUGACUGGGAAGAGUGGAGGCCCACCUGGGUGAGAAACUGGAAGCCUAAGGAUAUUUACAAGAACAAGUCUAUCGAGUUGGUUAGGCAACAAAAUCCACACUUUAAUCUCUCACACGCCACCGCCGUAGCCAAAGCCGAGUUUGAGAGGACAGGGAGGGAUUUCAUGCUAGAAACUUUAAAAUUGGGAAAACAACUUCGGCCAAAUAGUCUAUGGGGUUAUUAUCUUUUUCCCGAUUGCUACAAUACUCAUUACGCUACACCCAAUUACAAUGGUCACUGCCCAGAUGUAGAGAAGAAAAGAAACGAUGCUCUCUUCUGGCUGUGGAAUGAAAGCACUGCCCUUUACCCAUCUAUUUAUUUGAGCACCCGGGUAAGGUCUUCUCCAACUGGUGCACUCUAUGUCCGUAGUCGUGUACAGGAGUCCAUCAGGGUUUCGAAAAUCCCUAAUCCUAAAAAUCCACUUCCAAUUUUUGUAUAUGUCCGCCUGGUUUUUAGUGAUGCAACUACUACAUUCCUUGAGCUGGAUGAUCUUGUGCAUACAAUUGGCGAAACUGUUCCUCUAGGUGUCUCUGGAAUAAUAAUAUGGGGAAGUCUUAGUUUAGCACGAAGUAUGAAAACUUGUCUGGAACUAGAAAACUUCAUGAAGAAUAUACUCAUGCCUUACAUGAUCAAUGUCACUCUAGCAGCCAAAAUGUGUAGCCAAGUGCUUUGCAAGGAGCAAGGAAUUUGCACAAGGAAACACUGGGAUACAAGUAACUAUCUUCACCUAAACCCAACAAAUUUUGAUAUUGAACUUGGGCAAAAUGGGAAGUUUGUAGUACAUGGAAAACCCUCACUUGAAGACCUGCAGGAAUUUUCCAGAAAUUUUCAUUGCAGCUGUUAUAGCAACGUGGAUUGCAAGGAUAGACUUGAUAUACACAAUAUCCGUUCUAUUAAUGUGUGCACUGUUAACAACAUUUGUAUAGAUGCCCUUUUAGACUUUCAAACCAGUGGUGGUGAUGGGACUUCUGUCUCAGAUGACUCACAUACAAAUGAAGACAGUUUGUGGGACAUCACCUCAUCUGCUAUGCUGUCCGUACAUCUUCUUCCAAAAGGUCUCACCUGGUCCCUCUUACCUUUCUCUAUGUUCUCACAGCACUGGAAAUACUUACUAUAGGCUCAGGGCCACUCAAAAAUACAAAAUGGGACAUCAUCUCAUCCAACUGGAUAUCAUUGCACAAGGAAUCAACAUUUUUUGAAAUUUUAAAGCAAAAUACACAUUUUUCUACUGAAGACAUUAUAAGGCCUACGUUUCCUCCUACAAGGAAUGAAGAUUUGAAUAAAACCAAAUUACUGCAAAUGAA